GAGCAAAUGACCUCACUGUAGUGUGGUGGGAGCACUCGCCGCACACUGGCAGACUCUCAUCAACACUUCUUUUAAGUUGCAGCAGCAAACACCAUGGACAAGCCUACCACCACAGAAGGCAAGAAUACACACACUGAAAACAAGAUGGACCUGACCAGUGAAAAGUUGCCCAAGAAUCCUUUCUAUGCCUCUAUAACUCAGUAUGCUGCUAAGCACCAAAAAUUCUUCCAAUGGAAAAAUGAUAAACCUGAUCAUUAUACCCAUGCUAUUCUGGUGGAUAAAGCAUUGCAGCUCUUGAAAGAAAGAAUAAGAAGAGGGGAUAGUCUGGCAUAUUUUCUAAGAGGUCAACUAUAUUUUGAAGAGGGAUGGUAUCAAGAAGCAUUAGAACAGUUUGAAGAAAUUGCAGAGAAAGAUCAUCAAGCAACUUACCAGCUAGGAGUGAUGAAUUACGAUGGGCUGGGGACCCCUACAAAUGCUGAAAAAGGAGUGGAGUGUAUGAAGAAAAUUCUUGAUUCUCCAUGCCCCAAAACAAGACACCUAAAAUUUGCUGCUGCUUAUAACCUUGGAAGAGCUUACUAUGAAGGAAGAGGUGUUAAACGAUCAGAUGAAGAAGCUGAAAGAUUGUGGCUUUUUGCUGCAGACAAUGGAAAUCCAAAAGCUAGUGUGAAGGCUCAAAGUACCUUAGGACUGUAUUAUUCAACAAAAGAACCUAAAGAAUUAGAGAAGGCAUUUUACUGGCAUUCAGAAGCAUGUGGCAAUGGAAAUCUGGAAUCUCAGGGUGCACUUGGCCUCAUGUACUUUUAUGGACAAGGCAUCCGCCAGAAUACUGAAGCUGCCCUGCACUGCCUACGAGAAGCAGCAGAGCGUGGAAAUGUCUAUGCCCAAGGGAUUUUGGUGGAAUAUUACUACAAGAAGAAAUUUUUUACGAAGUGUGUUACAUUUUCCAAAAGGAUUGCCGACUACGAUGAGGUUCACGACAUCCCCAUGAUAGCUAAGGUCACAGGCUGUCUCCCCGAAUUCAUCAACAGAGGCAUGGCCCUGGCAUGUUUCUAUUAUGCUCGGUGUCUUCAGCUUGGCUUGGGCAUCACCAAAGAUGAAGCGACAGCUAAACACUAUUACUCCAAAGUAAGCUCUAGAACCAAAUACAAAUUACCCAAUAGAAAGGCUGGGUUUUUAUUGACACUUAACUUCAUGAAUUAUUGUUUUUGUCUAUGGGAAUCAUUAUGCAGACAGCCUGUCUAUAAAGAUGUUCUAAGACUUACAGAUGGUUUUCACACAACCCCGGUAGGUUACUAGCAUAAUUUAAAAAGGACAAAAAUUAAAACAAAACCCUCAAACCUGUGUCAACCAAAAAAUCUUGUACCUGAUUUAGAUCCAUGACAUUCAGGAGUGCAAAGUAGCAUUAUGCCAUUAAUUUUUGUAAGGCAACUUGUAUAGAGCACAAAUUGUUGAGCUUGAGCAGAGGAAGAAUUUUCUUAGUCUGAGGUCUGACAUAAUUUAGUGGUUCCUAAACUUGUCUGUGCUGAAGGCUUUAUUCUAGAAGCUGUGAAGAUCUGGGGACCAGGAGAAAGUGGGGAUCAAGCUCUAUAAUAAAUUCUAAUGUGCAGGCAAGUUAGGGAACACUAAAUAAUAACGCUUGGAAUUAAAACUUCCCAAGUGCCAACACAUAUUACCACAGAAAUACAGAAACACACCAAAACUAAGUUGACCUGUGGUAUAUUUAUCAUUACCCUAUUCUUCGGAGAACAAAUAAUAAAUGUUUAACAAGUUGUCUUUAUUACUGUUUAGAAAGUCUAAAUGGUACCAGUCUUCAAACCAAGUCAAGCUCAGGUUCUACCUAUCCUGUGAUCCUCACUUUCUAAAUAAACAAAGGCAAAAAACAUAAGUAAGAAAUAGCUUGUAAUUUGUCAUAUACAUCUUGAAAAGCAAUACAACAGACUACAAAGACAGCCAUAUUUCCCAUAUAAUACGAGUGAUAACAGCCCAUAACUUAUAGAAGAUAACAAGUCAUUACUCAGCUAUAAGACAUCUAGGCAAACAGAGAAUAUUUCAGAAUGAAACAUGAUAAGGUUCUGAUAAGUGUGGGGUCAGAAGCAGUAGAGCCAAUAAAGGUGUGUUAUAGUAAGGUGACCCACUGACCCUCCGCCACUGUCAGGCUGGGUACCUCUGCCGACUGCUUUGCUUCCACAGCUUCUAAGCAUUUUGUAAUUCCCAGGACCUUUCCGUGAUUCUAAAGUACAGGAAACUUCAGCUGUAUGUAAGGCUCUAAUUGAGCUGUUUAGAAA